AUGGCCAACACGGGCUAUACCUCACCGUUUCCCACCUCCCACGAUACGAUCGGGCAAUCGACCUUGGUGACCCCUCUGUUUAUGCCAUCGUCGCCUCCACAACAGCCGCUUAGCCCGCUGGGAACCCCGGCCACCGCGCAAACACCCGCAACCGAACGUGUCUCAGAGAAAGGCGAUCGGAACAAUCGCCGCGAUGACAACCAAGACACCCGCUCUGUAAAUGAUAUGGAACAUGUGGAACGUCCACCGACCCCAGGCAGCCCCUCGGGCUCAGACCUCGAUGCGCGCUUGGCCGAUUACACAUUGGAUUUUAGUAAUUUCCCUAGUGGUCAUUUCGCCAUAGACGGAAAUGAGGAUACUUUACCACCGUUCCAUAAGGAGGCCGACCAGCUAUCCGAGGUUGGAGGACCCGAAGACUUCACUGCAAAUAUGGAAAAAUACCUGAUGGGCGACAUGGAGGACGGAGAAAACGAGGACGACGGGGAAGUUAAUUACGGAUCGGUGCGACGGUCUUUCCAGCGGUCAAAACAGCCCGCGAUUGAAGAGGAGGCAGACUCAGUAGAGUACAGUGAAUUUGGCCCGCCCGUUGACAUAUUCCCCCACCUAGAGGACAUUGAAGAAUUCCCCGACGACGACGAGGUCCCUGACCCAGCAUCCCCUUCCAUGCGCAAACUGUCCGAUGUGUCGAGCCACCAACCAGACGAGCAGCAGGAUCUCCAGCAGCAGGUCGCACAACUUGAACAGGCAUUGAGGGAACGAGAUGAUCAGCUUCAGAAGAAUCGCAAUCGUGUUCUUGAGGCAGUCUCUGCAGGAGAGCAGAUCCGUCACCUUCAGAUGGAAUUACAGCGGAAGAACGAGCUCAUUGAGCAAGCACAGGCUGAAAGAAGUGAAGAGGCAGUGCCCCGCGAACAGAUCCAAUCACUGCAAGAACAAAAUGAAGAACUGCAGAAGCUGUUGACCCAAUCUAAGAGCGAGAAGGAUCUUGACCCUCUCUAUGAGCAGAUUCGCCAAAUGCAGCAACAGCUACACGACCGCGACGCGCAGAGUGGUAUGGACAAAGAGCGUCUGGAGACAAUCACGCACCUGCGACAGCAACUCGCUCUUUCCCAAGAACAAGCACGCAAGCGUGAUGUAACCCUCGAUGAGACCCUUGCCAAGCUCAAGGAAGUCGCCGAAUCGAAGGACACACAAUUACAGCAAAAGAAUUCUGAGAUCGACCAACUCCAAGGCCAGAUUGAUGAUUAUGGACUGGAGAAUGAAAAACUGGAGACCGAGCUAGAGCGAGCCCACAAUAACUACCAGGUCCUCGAGGAGCGUUUCAUUGAUUUGGAAACCAGGAACAAGCCCCUGGAAGAAAAGAAUACGACGCUGGAAGCCAAUCUCACCCGGGUUCAAUCCCACAUGGAGGCGCAGGAGAGCGCCCUGAAGGCUGCAGCUGCUGAUCUUCCGAUCAGUGGGCACAGCACCUACAGUGAGAUUCUUGACUUGAUCAAAGACUUGGGUCCCGGUCCCGGGGGCCUAGAAUCAGGACCGCAGUCCCCAUUCUUGAAAGAAAAGUUCCCUGAAUCUCAACCCGCACCGCAAUCACCCAAGUCCAACCUUGUGACCAUCCCGCACAACGAGCUUGCCAAUCUGCAGCAAGAACUCAAUGCGGCAAUCGCGGGACAGAAGGCUUCCGAAGCUGAACUGAGCCGCCUGAGCAGUCAAACAUCUGAGACCCAAUCUCUACUCAAGACCAUUGAGACGGAAAAUUCGCGCCUCACCACCCGAGUGACCGAGUUGACAACAGCUCUCAACAAGUCGCAACACGACUUGAUCCAGUCAAAGGAAGAGCACGCCGAGUCACUUGAAACAAUUGCUCGGCUUCAGGAAGACAAGAUCCUGCAACCACCAAGCCCGCCCUCAUCACCCCCAACCGCCCGUGGCCCAGAUCCCACAGCACUCCUUGAAGCAAACCACCAAACCCAGCUGCGUAGUCUCCAAACCGCGCACUCAACCGCAGUCUCCACCCUGCGCGCUUCGCACGCAGAAUCCAUGCGCAAGAUCCGCCACCUACUUACAACCGCCGAGGAACGCGAAUCUACCCUCCGCGAUGAACUCGCAACCCUUCGCUCUACAUCCGCAACCUCAGAAUCCCAGCUCAAGAAAUCUUUCAAAACCGAACUCAGACGCCUGGAAGCUAUUCUCGCCGCGAAAGAAGAAACUGCCGCGGCUGUCGACCAGCGCAUUGCCCUCUCCGUCGAUAAACGUGAACGUGAAUGGGAACGCCGUAUCGAUCUACUUCUCAAGGAACGGGAUCGCAUGGCAAAGGCUCUGAUGAUGAGUUGGGGCGAGAAAGAGAUGGGCCGUGGUCCUGGUGUAACAGAUAAAGAGAACCGGCGCAGUGAGAAGAGUGGGCAGGCUUAUCGUUACAAGUAUGCCACGAAGAAGCCGAAGAGCGAGUCAAAGGCUUAG